GGCGAGGUCAGGAGAUAUAGGCAUGAGCGGGGACGCACUGGAUGGCCAGCAAGACCAGGCCAAGUACAGGAACUUUACGACGAUGAACUGCAAUGCGGCACAGGAGACAUCCCGAGCGCUUUCCCUUGACAUAUCAUAUCGACACCUCUUCUGCCGCCUCAUCGUUGAUUGAGUUGAGUACCGACAUUACUGAAGACCCAUCAUCUUCACUCAACUUCUCCUCAUCAGCGGAACACCUUGGCUUCCACUGCAUGUCGUCAAGCGAGGCUACCCUACACUACUUUGCUAUUCAACGAACAACUCCAAUAUAUCCGUCCCAGCAGGGAAUUCCUCAAAGGACGCGGCCGCUUUGAAACCACCCCACCCCACGCCUCUCACACACCACGGCACCAGAACCACCGUCACAGUGUCUCAUCGUCAGAUUUGGCAACCACAUGGUUUUC